AUGCAUUUGAUUACACGUUUUUUUUUUCCCUCUCUCCUGUUGGGUUUCAUUCUUGUCCUUCCCAAUUCUCUCUCUCUCUCUCUCUCUCCUCACUCCUCUCCUCCUCUCCUCCUCUCCUCCUCCUCACUCCUCCUCACACACACACACACACACACACACACACACUCACACACACCAUAUAUAUCCUAUCCCACCCAUGUAUCAAUCCCCCCGCCUCUCACAUCUCUGUUGUCUUCCUCACCGCAGUCUCUUGCUUUUUUUCUUGUGUGUCUCUCCUGCCUGUCUCCCUUGUGUGUGUGUCUUUCUCUCUCUCUCCCACGUGUGUUUGUCACGUGCGUCUUUUUCACUCUCUUUCUCACCAACCCAAUCUUUGAAAUUAUCAAUGGUCAACUGCUUUUUCUUCAUUAUUCUCUCUAUACCAUCUUUUCCCGCCUCUCUCUCUCUCGUCAUCUGGCUUUUCCGCCUCUCCUCUCUCUCGUCAUCUGGCUUUUUCCGCCUCUCCUCUCUCUCGUCAUCUGGCUUUUCCGCCUCUCCUCUCUCUCGUCAUCUGGCUUUUCCGCCUCUCCUCUCUCUCGUCAUCUGGCUUUUCCCGCCUCUCCUCUCUCUCGUCAUCUAGCUUUUUCCGCCUCUCCUCUCUCUCGUCAUCUGGCUUUUCCGCCUCUCCUCUCUCUCGUCAUCUGGCUUUUCCGCCUCUCCUCUCUCUCGUCAUCUGGCUUUUCCCGCCUCUCCUCUCUCUCGUCAUCUGGCUUUUUCCCGCCUCUCCUCUCUCUCGUCACCUGGCUUUUUCCCGCCUCUCCUCUCUCUCUUCAUCUGGCUUUCCCUUUCCUCUCUCUCUCUUCUCAUCUGGCUUUUCCGCCUCUCCUCUCUCUUCAUCUGGCCUUUUCCUCCUCUCCUCUCUCUCGUCAUCUCUCUUUUCCCUCCUCUCUCUCUCUCUUCAUCUGGCUUUUCUCUCUCUCUCUCUCCUCUCUCUUCUUUUCCGCCUCUCUCUCUCUCUUCUCCCUCUCCUCUCUCUCUUCUCCCCUCUCUCUCUCUUCUCCUUCUCCCUCUCCUCUCUCUCUUCUCUCUCUCUCUCUUCUCCCUCUCCUCUCUCUCUUCUCCCUCUCCUCUCUCUCUUCUCCCUCUCCUCUCUCUCUCCCCUCUCUCUCUCUCUUCUUCUCUCUCUCUCUUCUCCUCUCUUCUCUCUUCUCCCUCUCUCCUCUCUCUUCUCUCUCUCUCUCUCUCUCUCUCUCUCUCUCUCUUCUCUCUUCUCUCUCCUCUCCUCUCUUCUCUCUCCUCUCAUUCUCACACAAUACAAAUUGUGCUGAUAGAUUUGACCUGUGGUUACAUCUUAACUUUUUGUUUUGUUUUUUUUUUUUGUUUGUUUUUUGUUUCUUUCUCUCUCUCUCUCUAUCUCUAUCUCUAUCUCUCUCUAUCUCUAUCUCUCUCUAUCUCUAUCUCUCUCUCUCUCUAUCUCUAUCUCUAUCUCUAUCUCUCUCUCUAUCUCUAUCUCUAUCUCUAUCUAUCUCUAUCUCUCUCUAUCUCUAUCUAUCUCUAUCUAUCUCUAUCUCUAUCUCUCUCUAUCUCUAUCUCUCUCUAUCUAUCUCUCCAAAGUCUAUGAAGGCUUGGGCUCUCCAUGGCAAAUGGUUGGGUUUGAUUAUACCUUCCUUCGACAUAUGA